GCGCGGGAGCCCGGCUCGUUUGCAGUGGUGGGCUGAGAGGCGGUGGGAUGCAACGAGCUGAGCGGUUCCCGGGCGCCUCGGUGCUGCUGCUGCUGCUGCUGCUGGCUGCCCGAGUGGUGACGGCGUUUGAGCCUAUCAGCGUGGGCAUCGCCAUCGGGGCCGUGUCAGCCCUCACCGGCUACCUGUCCUACAAGGACGUCUACUGCCGCUUCGCCGAGUGUUGCCGCGAGGAGCAGCCGCUCAACGCCUCGGCUCUCAAGCUGGAUUUGGAGGAGAAACUGUUUGGACAGCAUGUGGCCACAGAAGUGAUUCUCAAGGCACUGACUGGCUUCAGGAACAACAAAAGUCCCAAGAAACCAUUGACCCUUUCCUUACAUGGCUGGGCUGGCACAGGCAAGAAUUUUGUUAGCCAAAUUGUGGCUGAAAAUCUUCACAGAAAAGGCCUGAAGAGUAACUUUGUCCACCUGUUUGUGUCGACUCUGCACUUCCCUCAUGAGCAGAAGAUAAAACUGUACCAGGACCAGUUACAGAAGUGGAUUCGUGGUAAUGUGAGUGCUUGUGCGAACUCUGUUUUCAUAUUUGAUGAGAUGGAUAAAUUGCACCCUGGGAUCAUCGAUGCAAUCAAGCCAUUUCUAGACUACUACGAGCAGGUGGAUGGAGUGUCUUACCGCAAAGCCAUCUUCAUUUUUCUUAGUAAUGCAGGUGGUGAUCUUAUAACUAAGACGGCUCUUGACUUUUGGCGGGCAGGAAGAAAGAGGGAGGACAUUCAGCUGAAGGACCUGGAACCUGUGCUGUCUGUCGGGGUCUUCAAUAAUAAACACAGUGGCCUGUGGCACAGUGGACUUAUCGACAGAAACCUCAUUGACUACUUUAUCCCCUUCCUGCCCCUGGAGUACAGACACGUGAAGAUGUGUGUGAGAGCUGAAAUGAAGGCCCGGGGCUCUGCUGUAGAUGAAGACGUUGUGACAAGAGUAGCAGACGAAAUGACAUUUUUCCCCAAAGAUGAGAAAAUCUACUCAGAUAAAGGCUGCAAGACUGUGCAAUCACGGCUAGAUUUCCACUGAGCUCUUACCUAGAUGGGUUAAGAGGCACCUGGGAGGCUCAGCACCUGGGGCCUUGCCUUUCAGAAACACUUUGAAGACCUCUGCAGGGUUUUGCACAUUUGCACAUACGACCUUUUGGGAUGAAAAAUUUGCCAGAAGUGAAGCCUGAAAAUAUGGUCAUCUGUCCCAUCCACCUAUCUUGUAACGUAACAGCAGUCGAGCUCUUUGCAGUCAAAGAUGAACUUUUAAAACCUCCUUCACGCUUACCAUUACUCUUGACAAAAGUGCCUGAAAACAGCUGUGUCAGGGAGGCUCAGGGAUCCUUUGUGACCCAUAGUGCCCACACUCAGAAGCUCCAUCAGGACUAAAGAGGAAGCUGAGGAGCAUUCACCCACUGAAAGCAUUCUUUAGCUGUUGGGUUUUCUUUACACAGAGAGCCUUUGCUGACUUGAAGAAUUUUCAGAGUUGCUGGUGCCUACAGGAUAGGCAUCUUUGGGGGGUGUGGCCUGCAUGCUGAGUACCCUUGACCUGGCUGAACUCUCCUCUUGUGGGGUGGGGGUUCCAUCUGAGGCCUCUGCAGUGGAUGGGACAGAUGGGGCCCUUCCUCUGUGCAUUCUCUUGACUGCUGAUCACAGCUCGUGAUCCCUCGCCCCCUCCUUGUACCACCUCUCAUCCUGAACUUCCUGGCUGUAUCGUAGAGCCGAUCUGAAUGAGACCAUUGAGUUUGGAUUUGAGUCCUUGGUUCCCAUGGUGAGAUGUUUGUUACUCUGUGUGUGUCAGUCUCUCACUUGACUCCAAAACCUUUUGAAGUCUGUAGGACACGCCCAUUCUCCAUGAUUGACACCUGCCCAGAUUGAGGGGACAGUUUACAGAUUUUGCAUUGCCAAAGAAGUAGGAGUGUUGAACCCUAGAAAUGCUAGAGUUUUCAAGGAUAAGUAUUUUUUUUGUAAUGUUUUUACUUCUGAAUCUGAGAUAAUAGAAGUAUAGGACAUUGCUUAUUUUAAAAUAUAGAAGGACACAAAAUGGAAUAAUUAUUUAUUCCUUUCUCAGGUACUCUUAAAUGGAUGGAUUUUUGUUGAAUACGUGGCAACGUAUGGUCAUAAUCAUGGAUCAUACAAGGUCAGUCUGAAGUUGUGGCAGGUAUUGGGUGUUACCUGAUAAGGAUACCCUUUGUGGCACCAGACUGGACCGUCCUGAUCACGGGAAGUAAGACUUAGAUGCCACCUGAUGUGACUCAUUCUGUGUCUCCUGUCAUUACAGUGCAGCUGCAGACACAUCAUUAGAACCAUGUGGCAUUUUCACAUGUAAAAUAUGGUAGUGUGCAUUUAUGACAUGGAACUGCCUUAUAGGGUUUCACACCUAGUCUUUAAAAAAUGCCAAGGGAAGGCUUAAAAUUUUAAUACAUAUUCUCAAAUUGGAGCUAAGUUACACUGCUUUUAUAACCUUUUGGAUAUCUGAUCAAGAGGAGACAAGACUUUCUCUGUUUACAAUGAUGCAAUCAAUAAACCCAACACGUGUUGGCCACCUUUGGACCGCCGUUACUGAGUGUAGGUUGGCCACGGCCAAGCCUCCCCCACUCUUUGUAAAAUGUGGACAAGAGUUUGAAUUGACCUGGAUACAAAAUAAUAAAGCCUAAAUUUUAUGA